CCCAAUUACUAAUCUACCCCCAAGCCGGAUUAAUGAACAUGAAGAAAUGAAGUGUGUUUACAGUCCUUGUGUUUCGAACCUCUACAUGGUCGACGAGGAAAUGUUAGGGAAGAGACGAGGAAUACCACUCAAUGGAUUCAAGGGCACCGUAGGUAUCAUGAUUGGCGUUAACGAAACUCUGGCCUAUUAUGGAUCCACGGCAAAGCAGGUAGUGGGAAGUCGACUCUUGCGGCGUCCCUGCAACGUUCGCUAUGCAAAGACGCCCAUAUUGUCAUGGCUGAUUUCUUCUACAAUAUUAAUGGCAAGCCAAUCCAGAACGGCCACUCGUGGAUGCUGCGGUCCAUUUUAUAUCAAAUACUGGAGGAAAAACAAGCAUUGUAUCGAUUUUACCAACCUUGUGUUCGUAAAGCGAUGGUUAACAACUACGAACUGUGGAAAUAUGACCUCCUUGAAGAAAUCCUUUUACAGCUGUGCGACCAUACAAACGAUGAGGAACCCCUUAAUUUCCUUUUCAUAAUAGACGGGCUUGACGAAUCAGAAGACGGGGAAGACCCAGGAACCUCGAGACAUUACCUCGCCCGUCUAUUAUCUAGGUUAUGCGACUCAAAAGGUGGAAACAUAUUUCACGUCAUUGUUCUUAGUCGGCCUGAACCUUCCAUUAAACUAAUUCUUGAUCCGGCCUACUCCAUUGACAUGAAGAACGAAAAUCACUGCGAUAUCGAAAGAAUAAUUAGAUAUCAUUUAUCCACCAUAUAUAAGCGCAUAUGGUCUGAUCCCGGCGGGCUUCUGACAACCUACAGCCCGGCCUCCACGAUCAUAGCAGAUGUUCCGGACAUUCCUGAGCUCAAAUUUAUGAAAGACUACAUACUAAAGCACGCCGACGGCGUAAUACUAUGGGUUGUUUUGGUUCUCCGCGAGAUUGAGUCGUUCGUCGAAUUGAAUGGAGUGGACAAUGUCUGGGAGCUCAAGAAAGAGCUCACUAAGUUUCCAACAGACCUCGCAGCGACUUACGAAGGUAUGCUCGAGAGACUUAAUACGAGAAAACCUAGGAAUCCACAGAAAUCUAGCUAUGUUUUCUCGUGGCUUCUCUUUAGCGAAAGCAGAAUGACUCUAUGCGAUAUGCGUGAGGUUCUAGCUAUGUUUGGUUGGUGCGACUAUUCAGACGAUAUCCGCAGGACCUUCCUCCAUGAGCGCUCCAUUUUACAGCAAGAAGACCCGUGGAGCCCUACCUGGAAACAACUGUCAUAUAUCUGUGGAGGCUUCAUUGAGAUAGUACCAUAUGAAAAGUACACUCUAGAGGCUCUCCAGGGGAAUAACGCCUUGGAUUCUGAUGAUCCAGUCCAGUUGAUACAUCGAACCGCAAGGGAGUUUCUUCUUAGCCGUCCCGAAUCAGAAUUCCCUGGGCUUAAUGACACACACGGCCCAGGAUCUGUUCUUACAACUUGUGUUGACUACAUGGAGCUUCUAUUUGCUGUUGACCAUCAUCACCCAAUCGAAAACUGGAAUGAUCUUUGCCUUUUCCUAGAACAGAGACCUCUACUACCCUAUAUCCUGAGCCACAUACCCACCAAGCUAGCGGUACAAACAUAUAAGAAAAAUGCCAUAGCUAUACAGUCAUACAAGAGGAUCAUAGAGUACAUUGUUAAAGCGUGGCAGAUUCAAUCGUACCCCGCUAUCUGGUGUUUCGAAAGGUGGGAGGCGAAUGUCGUUUUCAGAACUCAUCACCCGUCUAUUCCCCACAUCAAAGAUGAUUCGUCUUUUAAAUUUGAGAGCUAUCUAGACUCAAUAGCAUUGAGUGGGGAAGAUGAUUCUGAAUUACAAUCUAAGUUCUCGAGGACGCUACGAGCCCUGGGACGCUUUGGCUUCAACGAUACAAACUACUUGCAAGAGCUGGGGAAAGCGGUGCUACAUGUCAGAGCAGAAUACACUCUCCUCAUGCCCGACUACGUUUUGGAGCGUAUCGUAGAUGAGGGAGCUGGAUGUGCAAUCAAGUUCGGCUAUGCCGUGGCCCUCAGCAUCUUCAUGAGUAUGUCACCGAACUGGCCGUCUCUGCCGAGGUGGUUGAUGAAUCCAUUUGAAUCUGACAACCCAAAAAUAAUCAGACUCUAGCUGGGCGGUAAAUUUGCAUCUAGAAUAUUUGAUACAUUGUCUCAUGCCGUCAGUUGUCGAAAUGAAGUGAUGACCAAGGUACUACUCACCUUUGAGAAUAUGGAAAUAUUUCAGGAGAAGAGAAAGGACGUAGAGAAGCUUGUUCGAUCGCUGGAUGAGGCUGGAGCGGCGAGUGAAGCAAAGAUCAAGUCACAUUUGGAAAAUAUCUAGC